AUUUGUAGGAAAGAUGAUCCUUGGUUUGCAGCACUAGGAAGGUGUUGCAUUCAUAUAACCUUAUAUCUCUUGAGGUACAUGGGCUGUCAAAUAUGAAAAGCUUGGGGGUGAAGUGAAAUGAAUGGGGAAGCCUGAUAAGAUAAUAUACAAGUCAGCUAUGGCAAUGGUUGGUGUGGAUGCUUCUGAUUCUAUAGCUGUGGGUUAUUCCUUUCAUCAUGAUAUUAAGGGUGCAAAUGAGGGUGGAAUCGCUUUGGCAUUUAUCACUGGCGGGAUCCAUGCAACUGAGCUUGGACUCAGUACGUAGUUUUGGGCAAGUUGCAGAUUUAUCUUCUGUACAGGCCCUUGCAGCCAAGAAGGAUGUACAUCCAACAUAUGUGUUGCCAGCAUUUGCGUGGUAGAUUUGCACCACAGUAUGUGUUCUCUUUUAUUCUGUUCGCUUACAUUGUUAUUAUGCCUUUGGACAAUUUUUACAUCAUACAUAAAUGGAAAUGUUGGAAGGGAAAUUGUCAUUACAAAAGAAAUGGCUCUUCAAGUAAAAGAGACACUGCUGGUUGCAAUGAUUACUUUGUUAAUAUUUAGGUCAAAAUUCAAGAUCUUUGAUGUACUUAUUCUUGAAUCUGUGAACAGUAAACUCGUCUGUAUUAAAUUGUUGGGGUUGCU